UUGUGAACACAGCAACAGAACCCGCAUCGAGCUAUCCUCCAGCGCGUCAGAUUUGACAGCAGAAGCUACGCAGCCAAGUUUAUUUGAAGUUUUUACACAGCCAGCAAACACUUACAACUCAGCCUGUAGUGUGGAUUGUAGAGGUUUCGAUCAAGAUGAUUUUGCUGACAAUGAUCGCUCGAGUAGCAGAUGGACUGCCGCUUGCUGCGUCGAUGCAAGAAGACGAGCAGGUUUGAAUGAACCCAAUUUACUUCCUAGCUAGCGGUUUACAAACUUGAUUUAGCUAGCUAAAUUACAUCAUAUUCUGGUGAGUACUACUAGCUAACAUUUAUAUUUCCCAAUUGCCUUGUUUUAGAGGCACUUCUAUCAUAUAUAGUGUAGCUGUUUGUUUUAACUGAAGUAAUUAUUUCAUACCCCUUUAUCUCUCCCUAUGUUUAGUCAGGAAGAGACUUGCAACAUUACCAGAGCCAGGCUAAGCAGCUGUGCCGCAAACUAAAUGCCCAGAGUCCCAAUAGAUGUACUCUGGAGGCUGGGGUUAUGUCCUUCCAGUAAGUAUGAACUCUAUGGUGUCUUCUGUGCUAGUCUGUGUCAUUAGUGCCGAGUUUCCACAGUCCUAACAAGGCAAAACUCGGGUUACUUGUUCAGGAAUAACUGUCUCUUAACGAUAACCCACUAGACUGUGACUGGUCGGCCGCAGUGGUGUAUGUAGAAAUCUUGAUCGGCCUAUUUGAGAUAAGCUGUAACGUAUUAAAUGUUUCUUCCCACUAACGGUUUACAUCUGUGUUUGUCUCGCCAGCUAUGUAAUAGAACACGGCGUGUGCUACUUGGCCUUGUGUGAAGCUGUGUUUCCCAAGAAACUGGUCUUUGGGUACCUUGAAGACCUCCAGACAGAAUUCAAUGAACAGCAUGGAAAGAAAGUCUCCACAGUCUCCAGGCCGUACUCUUUCAUUGAGUUUGGUGAGACCUUUUAAUUUUUUCAAUCAUCAGCGUCCAAUUCAAGACACCCUAGGCAAACAAAACAUAUUUGAAGUAAGGGUGCAUCAUAGCUGAUGUAAAAAAGCAAACUAGAUAAGUCUGGCAAAGGAAAAUCCAGCAUAUUCUAUUGCGUUUCCCCAUCCCAUGUUUUUCAAUUCAGUGCAGAUACAAGCGGAUGCCACAUUAGACUUUAGAUGCACCCUAAACCAACACGUAGUGUGUUAUUUGUCAUCCUUCCUCAGACAUGUACAUCCAGAAGACAAAGAAGAACUACAUUGACAGCAGGGCGCGGAGGAACCUGGGCAGCAUCAACACAGAACUGCAGGACGUCCAGCGGAUCAUGGUGGCAAACAUUGAAGAGGUCCUGCAACGAGGAGAGGCCCUAUCUGGUAAUCAUCAUACCUCGUAUAAUACACAGCCCUGUCAUCAAACCCGCCAGACAUAAAAUACACCUAAUUCAUUUAAAGGGAUAAUUCAGCCCAAAAUCUAACUUUGUCAGAUGUUUUCAUACAUAAAGUUGUCUAACAUUGAGCUGAGUCCAUAUUCCAUGCUAUCAGUUGUUGAACCACAAUAUCUAUUAAGGUAAAACUGCAGACCUCAAUCCCAAAUGAAUGGAAAAGAUGGGCAACAUCUAUUUCCUUCUUUAAGUGGUGCCUAUCUUUCCCAUUUAAGAUUGAAGCCUGCAUACAGUGCAUUCGGAAAGUAUUCAGACCCCUUCCCGUUUUCCACAUUUUGAUAAGUUACAGUCUUAUUCUAAAAUGGAUUAAAUAAAUACAAAUCCUCAAUCUACACACAAUACCCCAUAAUGACAAAGUGAAAACAGGUUUGAAAUGUUAGCAGAUGUAUUAAAAAAUAAAAACAUACCUUAUUUACAUAAGUAUUCAGACCCUUUGCUACGAGACUCGAAAUUGAGCUCAGGUGCAUCCUGUUUCCAUUCAUCAUCCUUGAGAUGUUUCUACAACUUGAUUGGAGACCACCUGUGGUAAAUUCAAUUGAUUGGACAUGAUUUAGAAAAGGCACACACCUGUCUAUAUAAGGUCCCACAGUUGACAGUGCAUGUCAGAGCAAAAACCAAGCCAUGAGGUCGAAGGAAUUGUCCGUAGAACUUCGAGACAGUAUUGUGUCGAGACACAGAUCUAGGGAAGGGCACCAAAAAAUGUCUGCAGCGUUGAAGGUCCCCAAGGACACAGUGGCCGCCCGGCCAAACUGAGAAAUCGGGGAGAGAAGGGCCUUGGUCAGGGAGGUGACCAAGAACCCAAUGGUCACUCUGACAGAGCUCCAGAGUUCCUAUGUGGAGAUGGGUGAACCUUCCAGAAGGACAACCAUCUCUGCAGCACUCUACCAAUCAGGCCUUUAUGGUAGAGUAGCCAGACAGAAGCCACUCCUCAGUAAAAGGCACAUGGGAGCCCGCUUGGAGUUUGCCAAAAGGCACCUAAAGGACUCUCGACCAUGAGAAACAAGAUUUUCUGGUGUGAUGAAACAAAGAUUGAACUCUGGCCUGAAUGACAAGUGUCACGUCUGGAGGAAACCUGGUACCAUCCCUAUGGUGAAGCGUGGUGGCAGCAGCAUGCUGUGGGGGUGUUUUUCAGUGGCAGGGAGACUAGUCAGGAUUGAGGGAAAGAUGAACGGAGCAAAAUACAGAGAUCCUUGAUGAAAACCUGCUCCAGAGUGCUCAGGACCUCAGACUGGGGCGAAGGUUCACCUUCCAACAGGACAACGACCCUAAGCACACAGCCAAGACAACUCAGGAGUGGCUUCGGGACAAGUCUCUGGAUGUCCUUGAGUGGCCCAGCCAGAGCCUGGACUUGAACCCGAUCGAAAAUCUCUGGAGAGACCUGAAAUCGCUGCCAAAGGUACUUCAACAAAGUACUGAGUAAAGGGUCUGAAUACUUAUGUAAAUGUCAUAUUUCAGUUUAUUAUUUGUACAUUUGCAAACAUUUCUAAAAGUCUGUUUUUGCUUCGUCAUUGUGGGGUAUUGUGUGUAGAUUGUUGAGGGGAAAAAGUGGCGCCCGAGUGGCGCAGUGGUCUACGGCACUGCAUCGCUAGCUGUGCCACUAGAGCUCCUGGUUCGAAUCCAGGCUCUGUCGUACCCGGCCGCGACCGGGAGACCCAUGGGGCGGCGCACAAUUGGCCCAGCGUCGUCCAGGGUAGGGAAUGGAAUGGCCGGCAGGGAUGUAGCUCAGUUGGUAGAGCAUGGCGGUUGUGGGUUCGAUUCCCACGGGGGGCCUUUUUCCCCUCAACACUCACUAACUGUAAGUCGCUCUGGAUAAGAGCGUCUGCUAAAUGACUAAAAUGUAAAUGUAAAAAAAACAAUUGAAUCCAUUUUAGAAUAAGGGUGUAAUGUAACAAUGUGGAAGAAUUCUAGGUCUGAAUACCUUCCGAAUGCACUCUACAUACACGGUUAAAUAUAAUACAGCUAUUAUUGUUUACAUUACGGUACUAAAAUUGAGAUGAAUAUUUUUCCCUCCAGCUCUUGACACCAAAGCCAGCAAUCUGUCCAGCCUUUCAAAGAAGUACCGCAGCGACGCCAAGUACCUCAACACCCGAUCCAGCUAUGCCAAGAUAGCAGCCGGGGCAGUCUUCUUCAUUACACUCAUCAUCUAUGUGCGUUUCUGGUGGAUCUGA